AUGGAGGAAGAGUAUGAUGUCAUUGUGCUGGGGACGGGGCUCAAGGAAUGUGUGCUGUCUGGAAUCAUGUCUGUGAACGGUAAAAGAGUUUUGCACAUAGACCGUAACAAUUAUUAUGGGGGAGAAACUGCGUCAGUCACACCCCUGGAAGAGCUUUACCGAAGAUUUGAUAUGAUUGGUCCUCCAGAACCAAUGGGAAGAGGAAGAGAGUGGAACGUAGAUCUGGUCCCCAAGUUUCUUAUGGCCAAUGGACAGCUGGUGAAGAUACUUUUAUACACCGAAGUGACCCGAUAUAUUGAUUUUAAAGUGGUCGACGGAAGUUAUGUGUACAAAUCUGGGCGCAUCCACAAGGUGCCCUGCACGGAAGAAGAAGCGCUAGUCUCGAACUUAAUGGGCAUGUUUGAAAAGAGACGUUUCCGCAAGUUCCUAUCUUUUGUGGUCAACUUUAACGAACACGACGUCAAGACCCACCAAGAUAUUGAUCCCAGGAGGAUGACUAUGCGAGAAGUGUACCGGAAAUUCCAUCUCGGUCCAGACGUCAUGUCAUUCACCGGUCACGCUCUGGCCUUGUACAGAAACGAUGACUACCUGGAUCAUCCAUGCCUGGAAACCAUAACCCGAAUUAAGUUUUAUUAUGUUUCCCUGGUUAAAUACAGUAGAAGCCCUUACCUAUACCCUCUCUAUGGUCUGGGGGAGCUGCCGCAAGGAUUUGCCAGGCUGAGCGCUCUGUAUGGAGGAAUUUAUAUGCUCAACAAACCCGUAGAUGAGAUCUUGAUGGAAAAGGGGAAAGUAGUGGGCGUGAGGUCUGAGGGAGAGAUCGCUCACUGUAAACAGCUCAUCUGUGACCCCAGUUAUGUUCCCGAUCAAGUGAAGAAGGUCGGUCAGGUGAUCAGAGUCAUCUGCAUCCUCAGCCAUCCAAUCAGGAACACCAAUGAGUGCACGUCUUGCCAAAUCAUCAUCCCCCAGACGCAGGUCAACAGGAAAUCAGACAUCUACGUGUGCAUGGUUUCUUGUUCGCACUGUGUGGCAUCAGACGGGAAGUAUGUCGCUAUAAUUAGCACGACGGUAGAAACUGAGAAUCCGGAGAGUGAGAUCCAACCAGCGCUAGAACUCCUGAUGCCUCUUAGCCAAAGGUUUGUCUCCAUUAGUAACCAGUAUGUCCCAAAGCAUGACGGUACAAAGAACCAGAUUUUUAUCUCCCGUUCCUAUGACGCAACCACACACUUUGAGACCACCUGUGACGACAUUAAGGGCAUCUUCCAAAGAAUGACCGGUGCCCCUUUGGAAUUCAAAGACAUGUUGAGUGUAGACCCGGAGACCAACCCAGAUGAUUCGGACUGA